AAUCCAGUCUUAUACUCACCGGUAGUAGCCACAUCCACGACAGCGCAGAGUACGGAGACAUCGCAGUCUCCCUCUCUCUCUUGCUGCUUCUUCGCGUCGGGCGAGAUCUGAAGUGCUCACGCUCUAUUUACUGCUCCAGUCGACACUCCGCUUCGUGCCCUCGGAGAGGUAGUUGGAGAGGCGGCUUGAGGAACCGUGACGUGGCGAUGGAGCGGAAGGGAGCGGGAAGCCCGUACGGCCGGCAGCGAAGCGGUGGUUCGAACAGCACCGCCUCGUCCUCCCCGGGAGUGUCACCUGCGCACCACCGCUCGGCAUCGGCCUCGGGCCUCACCGGGGCUAGAAGAGCGCAGAACGUCGCGGCGAGGGCCGCCGCCGCGCGCCUUGCGCAGGUCAUGGCCUCGCAGAGCGCCGCCGCGGAGGAGGAGGAGGAGCUGGAUGACGAGAUCCCGUCCUCCGUCGGAGUGGGGUUCCGGUAUGGCGCCCCGCGUCCUUCGGCCGGAAGUAAUGGGAGCGCCUCCGUCGGUGGGGCUUCCCUAAUGACGAGAGCAAAUAGAUCUCCUUCGCCUGCGUUAGGUCGGAACAUCGUAGAGAAUACUCCUUCGGUUCGUUCUUCUUCAGCUGGAAGACCAUCUAUUUCUGUUCGUCCUAUUCCCAUGGUGCCUCCUAUCCGAACAACCUUAAUGACCCCAUCACCUAUUCCGCCAAUUGAACCUCCUGUUGACAGGAGGAGAGAAAAAAGAUUGCCGUCAGAUAUGAAACAUCUUAACUCAGGAGAAACAGGAAUUCAACGACAAACUUCUGUACUACAGGAUGAGCUAGAUAUGCUACAAGAAGAAAAUGAAAAUAUUGUUGAGAAGUUACGACUUUCUGAAGAAAGACGUGAAAAUGCUGAGGCCCGGGCAAAGGAGCUUGAGAAACAGGUUGCUGCCCUUGGAGAAGGUGUAUCUUUGGAAGCCCGGUUGUUGAGCAGGAAGGAAGCAGCACUUCGACAAAGAGAGGCUGCUCUUGAAAAUGUCAGACGAACUAGGGAUGGGAAGGAUGAAGAAAUAACAACACUCCAGAAAGAAGUAGAGUCUGCUAAGGAAGAACUUGCAGUGGCAAUAGAGCAGCUCAGGCAAGUCGAAUCAGAAGCAAAGUCUCUUCAGCUAAUGACACAGAGGAUGAUCUUAUCUGAGGAGGAGAUGGAAGAGGUUGUCUUGAAGAGGUGUUGGCUUGCUCGCUAUUGGGGUUUGGCAGUUCAGUAUGGAAUCUAUCCAGAGGUUGCUGUUACAAAACAUGAGCAUUGGUCUUCAUUAGCGCCACUUCCUCUUGAAGUUGUCAUUUCUGCUGGUCAAAAGACCAAGGAAAAAUCACAUAACCGAGGGAACCAUGAAUCUGAAAGAAGAAAUAACCUUGUACAUGAGGUAAGUGAUAUUACUGGAGAAGGCAACAUAGAGAGCAUGCUUUCAGUUGAGAAGGGUCUUCGGGAAUUAAUAUCUUUAAAGGUGGAGGAUGCAGUCAUCCUUGCAUUAUCUCAGCAUCGACGACCAAAUUUUCUUCGUCAAUUUUCUUCAGAUUUUAAAGCUCCUGGAGAUCCAAAAUUUAUCGAGUCAUUUGAACUAUGCCAAGAAGAGAUAGAAGAUGUUACAUUCAAGCAGGCUUGGCUUAUAUAUUUUUGGCGAAGAGCCAAAGCCCAUGGUAUAGAAGAAGACAUUGCUGAUGAGCGGCUGCAAUUUUGGCUCGGUCGCAUUGGACAAUCUCCAACUUCUCAUGAUUUUGUUGAUGUGGAGAGAGGUUUAACGGAACUGAAGAAAUUGGGUAUCGAACAACAAUUGUGGGAAGCAUCCCGAAAAGAAAUUGAGUAAAGCCUUAAAACAAAGGUAACAACAUCAGUUAAGUUCCUUUGGCAAAUCACAAGUUCCUUGGCAAAUCAUGGUGGUACAUGUUUAAAAAUAAAAUUGUGCAUUUUCUUUCCUAUGAUUUUGUACUUGUAAGCAAUGAAAACAAGUUUAGACCUAUCAUUCAAGAUUUCUCAGACAUCA